AUGGGAGGCCGCCGUGGCAGCCGGCGCCGCCUCCUCGCCGUCGCCGCCGCCGCCGUUGCACUCCUCGUCUUCGCCACCGCUCUGGGUAAGAGGAAGGUCUCCUCCUCUUCCCCUCCGCCGGGUCUUCAUCGAGGAGGACGAGUUGCAGGAGCUCCUCCAGCGGCGGCGGAGCUUCUCCACGGCGGCGGCGAUCGAGCACACCAGCGGCGCCGGCGGCGGCUGAUGGUUGGCCCCGGAUCAUCACCGCCGACGUGCCGGGGCAGGUGCGGGCGGUGCUUUCCCUGCCGACCGAUCCACGUCGCCGUCCAGCCCGGAGAGAGCGUCACCCUCGAGUACUACCCAGAGGCGUGGCGCUGCAAGUGCGGCAGCAAGCUCUUCAUGCCCUGA